AUGGAUAGCUCGGAAUGCGUGCGGGUCGCCGUGAACAUUCGGCCACUGAUUACCUCCGAGCUUUUGGUCGGCUGCACCGAUUGCAUUUCCGUCGUUCCCGGAGAGCCUCAGGUGCAAAUCGGGACUCAUACGUUCACGUAUGACUAUGUGUAUGGAAGCACGGCACUGCCUUCAAGCUCAGUGUACGAUGAUUGCGUCGCUCCACUGGUGGACGCGCUCUUCCAUGGAUACAAUGCUACUGUGCUUGCUUAUGGCCAGACGGGUUCGGGGAAAACAUAUACGAUGGGCACUAACUAUUCUGGGGAAGGAAGCACUGGCGGAAUUAUACCGAAAGUAAUGGAAACUAUUUUCAAGAGAGUAGGGACAACAAAGGAUAACACGGAGUUCUUGAUCAGGGUAUCAUUUAUUGAGAUAUUCAAGGAAGAAGUGUUUGACUUACUUGAUCCAAAUUCGUCAACUCUCUCUAAACAUGAAGGGGCAGCGAAUCCGAAACCUGUAGCAAGAGUGCCUAUCCAGAUUAGAGAAACAGUGAGUGGAGGGAUAACACUUGCUGGUGUGACCGAGGCAGAGGUUAGGACCAAGGAAGAGAUGGGAUCAUAUCUGGCUCGAGGUUCUUUAGCUCGUGCUACAGGGAGCACAAACAUGAACAGUCAGUCAAGUCGCUCACAUGCUAUUUUCACAAUAACCAUGGAGCAAAAGAAGUCCGCUCAUUGCCAGAAUGGCGCAACUAAUGAUGAAAUUGGUGAUGAUAUACUAUGUGCAAAACUCCAUUUAGUUGACCUAGCAGGUUCUGAGAGGGCAAAACGAACAGGUGCAGAUGGUAUGCGCUUGAAAGAAGGCAUUCAUAUCAACAAGGGUUUACUUGCUCUCGGAAAUGUGAUCAGUGCCCUCGGAGAUGAGAAAAAGAGGAAAGAAGGUGGACAUGUUCCCUACCGUGAUAGCAAGUUAACUCGGUUGUUACAGGAUUCACUUGGAGGAAACAGCAAGACUGUAAUGAUUGCUUGCGUUAGUCCAGCUGACACAAAUGCAGAAGAGACCUUGAAUACUUUGAAAUAUGCUAACCGUGCUCGCAACAUUCAGAACAAGGCAGUGAUCAAUCGUGAUCCAAUGGCUGCUCAGUUACAAUUGAUGCGCAGCCAGAUUGAGCAGUUACAGACUGAACUUCUAUUUUACCGCGGUGAUGCUAGUUUACCAUUUGAAGAACUGCAGAUUCUUAAACAUAAAGUAUCAUUACUUGAAGCAAGCAACAUGGAGCUGAGGCAGGAGCUACAUGGACGUCGAAUAACUUGUGAAAAUCUAAAACAACGUGCUCUUGAAGCUCAGGUUGAAAAAGAUAAACUGGCCAUGAAAAUUGAAGCCUUCCGAAAUGGUAAAUCUUGGGAUGAGAUCGACUCCGACCCAGAAUAUGAUAUGUUGAAAACAUAUGUAUCGAAAAUUCAAGAGUUAGAAGGGGAGUUAUUAUGCGUGAAAAAUUCACAAAGCAGGAGAAUUGUUGACUGUGUUGAGGGGGAUGGUGAUGGCUUCCACUCAAAGAACAUAUUAUUCCCCUGUAAUAAUGAAUUCUCAUCUGAUUACGAUACCAAAGCUGGGGACAUUUCUGAUGUUAUAGAAGAUGUGGAAAAAGAGCAAGAACAUUCUUCUCUUCAACAAAAGUUGGAUCAGGAGCUGAAAGAAUUGGACAAAGCUCUUGAGCAAAAGGAGGCUGAAAUGAAGCGGUUUGUAAGUGCCGAUACCUCAGUUAUUAAGCUGUAUGAAAAGAAGGUUCAAGAAUUAGAACAUGAGAAGAAAACACUUCAGAGAGAGAUUGAGGAGUUGAGACACAAUCUUUCAAAUAUCUCAUCUACUUCUGGGGAUGGUGCUCAAAAGUUAAAGGAGGAUUAUCUACACAAGUUGAACCUUCUUGAAGGACAAGUUUCUGAGCUGAAAAAGAAACAGGAUGCUCAAGCCCAAGCGUUGAGGCAAAAACAGAAAAGUGAAGAGGCUGCCAGAAGACUACAAGAUGAAAUUCAGAGGAUAAAAACUCAAAAGGUGCAAUUGCAACACAAGAUCAAACAGGAGUCUGAGCAGUUUAGAUUAUGGAAAGCGUCACGAGAAAAGGAAGUUCUUCAGCUUAAGAAAGAGGGAAGGAGGAACGAAUACGAGAUGCACAAGCUACUAGCGUUAAACCAGAGGCAAAAGAUGGUAUUGCAACGUAAGACCGAAGAAGCUAAUACGGCCACAAAAAGGCUCAAGGAGCUUUUAGAAUCCAAAAAGACUUCACGUGAAACUUCUGGUCAUAAUGCUCCUGGUAUUCAGGCUCUGAUGCAGGCAAUUGAACUUGAGCUUGAAGUCACAGUUAAGACACAUGAAGUAAGAUCUGAGUAUGAGCGGCAAAUGGAAGAGCGUGCUAGGAUGGCCAAGGAAAGAAACAAGCUAAUAGAAGAACAGCGUAAUCUAAUUGAUUCCUCUGGAAUAAUGUCUCCUGGUGCAAGAAAUUCAAGGAUUUUUGCACUUGAUAACAUGCUUGCUACUUCCUCUAGCACCAUGGUGUCAAUGGCAUCACAAUUGUCAGAAGCAGAAGAGCGUGAACGAGGUUUCAAUGGUAGAGGUCGUUGGAAUCAAGUUCGGUCUCUUCCAGAUGCUAAAACCUUGAUGAAUCAUCUGUUCAACCUAGCUUCUUCCUCCAGGUGCAUGUUACGAGAUAAAGAAGUUGCAUAUAGAGAGAAGGAUUUGGAGAUCAGAGAGUUGAAGGAAAAGGUAGUAAGCCUUAAUAGUUCGCUCAGAAAGUUGGAGAUGAAAAAUGCUGAACUUAUGCAUCAGAACUCAGCGCUGAAGAAAUCCGAAAACGGACACAAAUAUGAUUUACGCAAGCUAGAUUCACGGACAUCAUUCAUCUUGGAGGAUAUGGAUAUAUCUGACUCAGAUGAUGAGUGGAUUGCUUCGGGAAAGCCAAGGAGUAAAAAGAGAAAGUCUAAAUAUGGAAGUUUAAGUGAGAGUGUUAAUGACUCUGGAGGCUUCAAGUUAGAUAGUGCUGGUGAGGGGAUAGUCAGUGUGGUGAAGAAAAAUGAGUUGGGUGCAUGUUGCUCUUGCACUAAAACCUCCUCCUGCAAAACAAGCAAAUGUCAAUGUCGAGCUAAUGGGGGAUCAUGUGGGGCAUCAUGUGGUUGUGUGCCUACCAAGUGUUCAAAUAGAGGAUCAGGUCUACUUGAGGUACAUGGGACUCCAGAGGGAGAGGCUGCUCAAGGAAAUGACGAAGGCACUAAUGAAACAGAGAAGAAUCAACUUCUUGCUUCUCAGGGUGCCAAACUACUUCAGAAUGCACUAGUUGAGAGGCCGAGUGAAACAACUGAUGAUGGUAGACCAAGAAGGAAAGCUCUUUCAGAGAUUGGAAAUUCGUUGGUCAAAUCCAAUGCACCGAAGCCUAUCCAGAGAAAGAAAUGGCGAAAAAGCACACUUCAACUUGUUACAAAUGCUCCGCCUCCCUCGCAGCCAGCAACUGCUGAAGCACCUCAGAGGCCAGAAAAUGAGGCACCUGAGGCACCCAUCCCUAUGAAGCUUCCUAGGGCCAUGCGAUCAGCUGCAUCAAAUGGUGGCAACCCGUUUAGAGAAAGGAAUUCUGACAAAGCAGAUCAAUCCGAUGUCAACAAGGAGGCCGGUGUUCCUGCUCCAAGAAGUCCACUCCCACAGAACAAAACAUCAGAUGAGAAGGAGAACUGUGGCCUUUAA